AUGGCGUCUGCCGUCUUCUUCCUCGACCUCAAGGGCAAGACCCUGCUGGCGAGGAACUACCGAGGUGACAUUCCCAUGUCUGCCGUCGAGCAGUUCCCCGUUCUGCUCAGCGAAGCCGAAGAAGAGUCCUCCGCCGUGCCUCCUUGCUUCUCCCACGAGGGCAUCAACUAUCUCUACAUCCGCCACAACAACCUGUACCUCCUCGCCCUGACGAAACGAAACACAAACGCCGCCGAAAUUCUGCUCUUCCUACACAAGAUCGUCGAGGUCUUUACCGAGUACUUCAAGGCCCUCGAGGAGGAAUCGAUUCGCGACAACUUUGUCGUUAUUUACGAGCUGCUCGACGAGAUGAUGGAUUUUGGCUACCCACAAACCACCGAGUCCAAGAUUCUGCAAGAGUACAUCACCCAGGAGUCGCACAAGCUCGAUAUUCAAGCCCGACCGCCAAUCGCUGUCACGAACGCCGUGUCUUGGCGAUCAGAGGGUAUCCGUUACCGCAAGAACGAGGUCUUCCUUGAUGUUGUCGAGUCCCUCAACCUGCUCGUCGGCGCCAACGGCAAUGUUCUGCGUUCGGAAAUUCUCGGUGCUGUCAAGAUGAAGUGUUACCUCAGCGGUAUGCCCGAGUUGCGCCUCGGUCUCAAUGACAAGGUCAUGUUUGAAACGACAGGGCGCACGACCCGCGGCAAGGCCAUCGAAAUGGAAGAUGUCAAGUUCCACCAGUGCGUGCGGCUUUCGCGCUUUGAAAACGACCGCACCAUUUCCUUUAUUCCUCCUGACGGCGAGUUCGAGCUCAUGAGCUACCGCCUGAACACGCAGGUCAAGCCGCUGAUCUGGGUCGAGUGCCUGGUCGAGUCUCAUUCGGGGUCUCGUGUCGAAUACAUGCUCAAGGCCAAGGCUCAGUUCAAGCGCCGCAGCACCGCCAACAACGUUGAGAUUAUCGUUCCCGUGCCAGACGACGCCGACACACCGCGCUUCAGGACGAAUAUUGGCGCUGUUCACUACGCCCCCGAGCAGAGCGCAAUCGUGUGGAAGAUCAAGCAGUUCGGAGGUGGCAAGGAGUUUCUGAUGCGCGCUGAGCUGGGUCUGCCCUCUGUCCGAGGUGAUGACGAGCAUGGUGGUGGUAUGACGGGCGGCUUCGGCGGCAGCAUGGGUGGCGUUGGUGCGCCUGGCAAGGGUGCGAAGCGGCCCAUCCAGGUCAAGUUUGAGAUCCCUUACUUCACGACAAGUGGCAUCCAGGUGCGCUACCUGAAGAUCACAGAACCCAAGGUAUUUUACCCGGAAUCAAGCUGA